UCCCAUAAUUUUCCUUUUUUUUUUUUUUUUUUAAAUCCACCCUUAUAGUAUAAAUCAUUUUCAUCUGCUCACAUACACACUCUCUCCUGGCUGCUCCAUAACCUCUGCUUCAUUUCUCUUGAGCAAAGAAAAAAAUAAAAAAAUAAAUCCAAAACUCUCAAAUUUGUCUCCAAAUUUUCCCAAAUUCUUCGAUUUCCCUCAAAUUUCUAGGGUUUUUGCCCUAAUUCUCUCUCGCUGAAAAAAAUGGCUGGAAGAGCUGUAGUAUCAGACGAUGAAGAAGAGCUCGAGGUUCAGGAUGAUGAGAGAGAACAAGAGGAAGAAGGUGAAGAACUCGAUGAUGGCGAAGGUGGCGGUGGUGUAGACGAUGAUGAAGAUGAAGAUGACGAAGAAGGACAAGAUGAGUUUGAGGACGAUGGUUUUAUUGUCGAGGGUGAUGAUGAAGAAGAGGAACCUGAAGAAGAUGAAGAGGAAAGACAUAAAAAGAAGAAAAAAAAGAAGAGGGAGUCCUUUGAACUUGAUGACGACGACUAUGAGCUUCUCUUGGACAACAAUGUUAAAGUUGCUCGUAAAGCUGAUAGCAAAAAGUUUAAGAGGUUGAAGAAGGCUCGGCGUGAUACUGAUGCUGGGCAUUCUGGACUUUCCGAUGAGGAUGAUUUCUAUGGAUCUGGGAGAGGUGGAAGGAUGGCCGAGGACCAUGUCAAACACACUUUAUUUGGCGACGAUGAUGGAGGGCCAGCUGAGGAUGUCCCAGAAGAGGAUGAUCAGCUAGAAGCAGAUGAUGUAGACUUGGCUGAUGAGGAUGACAUGGCUGAUUUUAUUGUGUCUGAAGAUGAUAUGGAUGCUGAUGGGGUGCCUGUUAGACGGGUUAAUAAGAACAAAAAAAAGAAGCAUAGGCAAGCUGGAGGAGUUCCGUCAUCCUCGCUACAGGAAGCCCAAGAUAUUUUUGGAGACGUUGAAGAACUUCUGGAUAUGCGUCGAAAAACACUUGAAAGAGACAGAUAUGAUGAAAGUGGUGAAUGGAAUGAGAGAAGGCUGGAGCAUGAAUUUGAACCUAUCAUUCUUGCUGAACGGUAUAUGACUGACAAGGAUGAUCGUAUCCGGGAGAUUGACAUACCAGAAAGAAUGCAGAUAUCUGAGGAGAGCACUGGUCCACCUUCCACGGAUGCUGAGUCCAUUGUAGAAGAGGCCAAGUGGAUAAAAAAACAUCUAGGGUCUGGUCAAUUUCCUGGCCUUGUGAACAUAUCAUUUGGAGAAGAAACGGAGUAUCAUAUUCAAAAUUUUUUGAACUUCACACAUAUUCAGAAACUUGAUCUCCCUUAUAUUGCUAUGUACCGCAAAGAGGACAUUGCCAGUCUGUUGAAAGAUCCAGAGACGGGUGAAGAUGUCAAUCAUGAUAAGCCUGCUUUAAAAUGGCACAAGGUGCUUUGGGCUGUCCAGGAUUUGGAUAGAAAAUGGUUGCUUCUUCAAAAGCGAAAGAGUGCUCUCCUGGGAUACUAUAAUAAAAGGUUUGAGGAAGAAUCACGUAGAAUAUACGAUGAGACCAGAUUACGUUUGAAUCAACAACUUUUUGAAUCAAUUAUUGGGGCGCUGAGAGUUGCAGAAUCUGAAAGGGAAGUUGAUGAUGUUGAUUCAAAAUUUAACUUGCAUUUCCCUCCUGGUGAGGCUGGGGUGGAUGAAGGGCAAUAUAGAAGGCCCAAGCGGAAGUCACUUUAUAGCAUAUGCAACAAAGCUGGUUUAUGGGAGGUUGCUAGCAAAUUUGGCCAUAGUUCUGAGCAGUUUGGUGCACAGAUCUCUUUGGAUGGAGUGGAUGAACCAGAGGAUCCAAAGGAGACACCGGAGGAAGUUGCAUCUAAUUUUACCUGUGCAAUGUUUAAUUCACCUCAAGAAGUGCUUAAAGGUGCUAGGCACAUGGCUGCAAUUGAGAUAAGUUGUGAGCCCUCUGUGAAAAAGCAUUUUCGUAGUAAUUAUUUCGACAAUGCGGUGGUUUCAACAACUCCUACACCUGAUGGGAAUGUUGUCAUAGAUGCUUUCCAUCAGUUUGCAGGCAUUAAGUGGUUACGCAACAAACCAUUGAACAAAUUUGAAGAUGCGCAGUGGCUUCUUAUCCAGAAGGCUGAAGAGGAAAAACUCCUCCAGGUCACAAUCAAAUGGCCAGAGGAAAAGCUUAAGAAACUGAUUGCUGAUUUGGAGCUUCUGUAUACUAGUUUGGCUGUGAGCAAGCUAGCACAGCUUUGGAAUGAGCAGAGAAGACUGAUCUUACAGGAUGCUAUACAUAAUUUCAUCUUACCAGCCUUAGAGAAGGAAGCUAGAUUGUUGUUGACUAGCAGGGCUAAGAGUUGGUUGCUUAUGGAUUAUGGAAAAUGUCUUUGGGAUAAAGUUUCUGUGGCUCCAUACCAGCGUAAGGAAAGUGAUAUUAGCUCAGAUGAGGAGGCAGCACCGAGGGUCAUGGCUUGCUGUUGGGGUUUUGGAAAUUCACCAACCACUUUCGUUAUGUUGGAUUCACUUGGUGAGAUUGUUGAUGUUCUAAAGGCCGGGUCAAUCAGCUUGAGGUCACAAAACGUUAAUGACCAGCAGCGUAAAAAGCACGACCAGCAGAGUCUUUUAAGAUUCAUGACUGAACAUCAACCUCAGGUUGUAGUCUUGGGGGCUGUGAGUUUGUCUUGCACCCGGCUAAAGGAUGAUAUUUAUGAGAUUGUGUUCAAGAUGGUCGAAGAAAAUCCUAGAGAUGUGGGUCAUGAAAUGGAUGGGCUGAGUGUUUUCUAUGGGGAUGAAUCUUUGCCUCGUCUGUAUGAAAAUUCUCAUAUAUCAUCUGAUCAGAUCCCUGGACAUCCAGGCAUUGUGAGACGUGGUGUUGCGCUCGGACGGUACCUUCAAAAUCCAUUAGCCAUGGUUGCUAAUCUUUGUGGGCCAGGCAGGGAAAUUUUGUCUUGGAAAAUCAGUGCUUUAGAGAGCUUUCUUAAUGAUGAUGAGAAGUAUGGUAUGGUGGAACAGGUUAUGGUUGAUGUCACUAAUCAGGUGGGGCUUGAUCUCAAUCUGGCUGCAAAUCAUGAUUGGUUAAUUGCUCCAUUGCAGUUUAUUUCUGGUCUUGGUCCCAGGAAAGCAGCAUCCUUGCAAAGAUCACUUGGCAGAGCUGGGGCAAUAGUUACAAGGAAAGAUUUGUUGACUGCACAUGGACUUGGCAAAAAAGUAUUUAUCAGUGCUUCUGGUUUUUUGCGUAUUAGGCGUAGUGGUUUAGCUGUUAGCACCAGCCAGUUUGUAGACGUCCUGGAUGAUACAAGAAUACAUCCAGAGUCCUAUGCUCUAGCACAGGAAAUGGCAAAAGAUAUUUAUAGAGAAAUUGUCGGGGAUGAUAAUUUGGAUGAUGAUGAUAUUGAGAUGGCAAUUGAAAAUCUAAGAGAUAGGCCAAGUGCAUUAAAAUCUUUUAAUGUUGAAGCUUAUGCAAAGGAUACAGACCGUUUAUCUAAGGUAGAGACCUUGCAUGCCAUAAAACUGGAGUUAAUUCAAGGCUUUCAAGAUUGGCGUAAACCGUAUGAAGAACCUAGUCAAGAUGAAGAGUUUAAUAUGAUUUCUGGGGAGACUGAUUCUACCUUGGGUGAAGGACGAAUUGUUCAAGCUACUGUUCGCAGGGUCCAACCUCAAAGAGCAAUGUGUGUCUUGGACUCUGGAUUAUCUGGUAUGCUUACAAGGGAAGAUUUUUCAGAUGAUUGGAGGGAUUGUGAUUUGACUGAGAAGUUGCAUGAAGGUGAAAUUCUCACAUGUAAGAUCAAAUCUAUCCUGAAAAAUAGAUACCAGGUGGUCCUCACUUGUAAAGAUAAUGACAUGAGGAAUACCGGGCCUCAGAAUGUGGAGAGCUUGGACCCUUACUAUCAUGAAGACCGUAGCAGUUUACCGACUGAGAAAGACAAGGCUCGUAGGGAUAAGGAACUUGCGAAAAAGCAUUUCAAGUCGAGGAUGAUUGUUCAUCCUCGAUUUCAGAAUAUAACAGCUGAUGAUGCAAUGGAGCUUUUAGCAGACAAGGAUCCUGGUGAAAGUGUCAUUCGUCCAAGUUCUCGUGGUCCAUCUUAUUUGACCUUGACCUUAAAGGUUUAUGAUGGUGUUUUUGCCCACAAGGAUAUAAUUGAAGGUGGAAAGGACCACAAAGGUAUAUCAAGUUUGCUUCGUAUUGGGAAAACACUUAAAAUUGGAGAGGACACUUUUGAGGACCUGGAUGAGGUCAUGGACCGUUAUGUUGAUCCACUGGUUACUCAUCUGAAGGCGAUGCUUAACUAUCGAAAGUUCCGGAAGGGGACAAAAGCAGAAGUUGACGAGCUCCUUCGAAUUGAGAAAUCAGAGUUCCCAUCAAGAAUUGUUUAUAGUUUUGGCAUUUCACAUGAGCACCCUGGCACAUUUAUCCUCACAUACAUUCGCAGUUCAAAUCCCCAUCACGAGUAUAUUGGUCUAUAUCCAAAAGGGUUCAAAUUCCGCAAAAGGAUGUUUGAUAAUAUCGACAGACUCGUAGCUUAUUUCCAGAGGCACAUUGACGAUCCCAUUCACGAGUCUCCGUCGAUUCGAUCAGUUGCUGCUAUGGUACCAAUGCGUAGUCCAGCAAAUGGUGGUUCUUCUGGAGGAGGUGGAUGGGGUGGUUCAGGUAGCAAUGAUGGUGGGUGGCGGGGUUCUUCUGACCGAGAACAUUCUAGGACAGGACGGAAUGAUAGAAAUGGUGGCCGUGAUGGGCAUCCUAGUGGAGCUCCAAGGCCAUAUGAAGGAGGGGGCCGUGGACGUGGACGAGGGCGUGGUGGUCGAGGCUCAUAUCAUGGCAACAGAGAUGGUGGCAGCAGAGAUGGCGGUGAUUCCAGCUAUGGCAAGUGGAGUUCAGAAAACAAAGACAGUGGGCAUGGUUCCAAGUGGGGUUCUGACAAUAAAGAAGGGAACAAUGGUAGUUGGGGAAGCUUUCCUGGUGCUAAAGUCCAAAAUGCUCCAGGUGAGGAAGCAUUUCCUGGUGGCUGGGGUUCAAGUGGUGGUGCUGGUAGUAGUGGUGGGGGUUGGGGUGACAAUGGCAGUGGAGGUGGUGGUGGAGGCGGAAGUAGUGGCUGGGGCGGAACUGGUGGCGAUGCUGGCAAUGACUCUGGAUGGGGUUCGGGUUCUAAGAGCAACUCUAAGGGGCGGUCUGAUGGUGGAGCAGGUGGGUGGUAGGUAAUUAGUGGCUGUCUCACUUAGUGGCGAAACAAGUUAACAUUUUGAUGAAAAAUGUACUGACUAGGACUCCUUUGUAGUGUUUUGGUAUAACUACGAUCCUUUUUCCAGGUAAAUGUAAACAUUUAGUGCAAGUAAAUCUAUGUAGUCUCUAUAAUUCAGUCUGAAUCUCCUCUCAUGCUCCAGUCCUUCUGAUCACUGAGGAUCUGUGAUGUAUUUUGUAUAUAAUUAGGUGGUGAGGGAUAAAUGAGAGUUGGAUCUGAAGAAAUUUCUAGUUUUGACUCCAUAUGUUUGGUUUAUGUCAUUUAUUGGGUUGGAUUAUUAACAAAUUGCUAUCUGAUUAAA